UUUUGUUUGUCUUGGAUGGCUUCAGCUCAGGUUUCAUGCUGUGAUUCUUCUCUCUUUCCUUCUGCUGCUGCUCCUCGUCCAUCUCCUUCUUUGUUUGACAAAGAUAGGAUUGAAUGGCCUGAGCCAAUACAGAGAGUCCAAUCUAUUGCAGAGAGAGGCAUAAAACACUUACCUCCUACAUAUGUUAGGCCUGUGGAAGAGAGAGCAUCAGGGCAUGUAUUGGUUGAAGAAAAGAUACCUCUUAUUGACCUGUCCGGUCUUGACGAUGAGCGAAGAGAAAAAACAAUGGAAGAGAUCUCUAAUGCAUGCAAGCAGUGGGGAUUUUUUCAAUUGAUUAAUCAUGGAAUGAGCACUGAGCUUCUAAAUGCUGGGAGGGAUGUGUCAAGGAGGUUUUUUCAGCUUCCUUUGGAGGAGAAGCAGAAGCAUGCCAAUGAUCCAAAAACUUAUGUUGGAUAUGGGAGCAGGACUGGUGUGCAGAAGGGGGCUAUUCUUGAUUGGGGGGACUAUUACUAUCAUCAUUUCCUGCCAGCUUCUAUAAGGGAAGAGCAUAAGUGGCCUUCUAAACCACUUGAAUAUAGGCCUGUAAUGAAGGAAUACUGCAAUGGAGCUGUGCAAGUGUGCAGAACUCUGCUAUCUGUGUUCUCUCAAAAUUUGGAUCUUCCUCGCAAAUAUCUGGAAGAAGCUUUUGGAGGUGAAGAAGAUAUUGGCAUAUGUGUGAGGGUAAACUACUAUCCAGUAUGCCCACAACCAGACCUCACAUUUGGUCUCUCGCCCCACUCAGACCCUGGAGGCAUUACCAUUCUUCUGCAGAAUGAUGUUUCAGGUCUCCAGGUUAGGAAGGGAGAUUAUUGGGUUCCUGUCCGUCCUGUUCCUGAUGCUCUCAUAAUAAACCUUGGUGAUCAGAUUGAGAUGUUAACAAAUGGCAUCUACAAAAGUGUGGAACACAGAAGUAUUGUGAACGAUACCAAUGAACGCAUGUCAAUAGUGAUUUUCUGUAAUCCAAGUGGAGAGAAGAAAGUUGGGCCAGCCAAAGACCUGAUAGAUGGUUCCAAUCCAGUAAAGUACAAAUGUAUGACGUUCAAUGAGUACCGUAUGUUUAUCAGAACUACAGGCCCUAAAGGAAAGAGUUACGUUAAACUCGAAUAA